AUAUCACCUAUUCUUUUGGUGGUUUGGUUUUGGUAUAAUCAAGAAUAUUUGCUCGAGGUUGAUUGAUUGUCCGACUCCAUUGAAGUCAUUUUGUUAACGCCGAGUUCCUUUACUAGUUUUCUGUUGUCCGCUGUUAAUACAUAUCCCAUAGAUCUAAUUAAAUUUUGAGUUACAAUGUCUGAUGAUGGUUCAGCGGUUGUUGAGAAGAAAGGGCGCGGAAGGCCUAAAGCUAAUGGAACACAAUCUGAAGCUAAAGCCGACGUAAAGAAACGAGGCAGACCUGCAGCGGCCGCUAAACCUCCCAAGGAAGCCAAAUCAUCAGAUGAUGAGUCUGCACCCAUCGCAAAGCGAGGGCGUGGUAGACCAAAGGGCACCAAGAAAAAGGCUGCUGCACCUAAAGCCAAGGCUGCCGGAGGUGGUGAGGGGCGGGCUCGUGGGCGGCCGCGCAAGGACGCUCCUCCUCCCAAGAAGGAUGCUGCCUCCACCGAGGAGGAGCAAGAAGAAGAUGAAGAAGACGAGGGCUCCGACCAGUAAACUGUUCAGUUACACAUUCAACACUAACUGCUAGUGUAAUAUGUUCAUCAAGAUUAAUUCUCGUUAUGUCUGUCGAGGUACUCAUAUGUGGUAGGAUGCACAGAACAUUUAAUAAUUAUUAGUUUUUCUCCAUAAGAUCUCGACAGUACAAAACUUGUAAUCUGACGACACUCUUAUUAUAUUUUAAUUAUGUGAGAUUUAGUAUAACUAAAUAAAAUGUAAAUUUAAUGCAAACCUACAGAAACUUGGCUAGGCAUAAUUUUUGAUCUGGUUUUUUUAUAAAUGUAACUGUUGGCUAAGGAAUUUGGUGUAUCUCACAUGAUUGAAAUAUUGGGGUGACUCGCGCUCCCUCGACGUACAACAUAUUUGUAGAUGUUCAGAGACGUAUCACAUUCAACACUUAGCUGUGUCCUACUGCUAACACUCUGUCUCUGGAUCUUACAUUUAAGUAUAAUUUUAAGAUUCUUAGAACUUUACUACUGAUGUGUAAUCUCCUGAAUUUAUUUGUAAGAAAUAAUGAAAUCAUUUUGUAGAAUUGACGUUACUAUCAAGUAUUAUUUUCUGUAAUAAAAAAAAAUGAUAUUUUUCUUUUUUGUUCCUACAUUUUGACAAGUUGAUAGGGAUUAAUGUUUUUUUGUUAUUAAACAAAAAAGUGUUAAAUAUUUGUAUUUGUCCUUCAACAUAAAACAAUAUCUUUCGGGCACUUUAAUAUCUUGUGCCAUUUUAAUCUAGACAUGCUCUUGCAGUCGAAAUCAGGAUAUUGUUUUAUUGUGUGUCUGUGCGUGAUUGUACAAUUUUAGAACAAAAUAAAUAAAUCUAUGAAA